CAAAACUUUUCUUCCUCUCCUAAUCCAACAUCCUUAUCCCACCCAACACAAUGGCCUCCCCAACACUAAUAACUCCAACAUCCACACCCAAAUCACUUCCACCCAUCAAAACCAAAAUCACCACCAUUGCUGCCACCCUCACACCCGCCGCUAACACUAACACUAACACUAACACAACCACACUCCCACGCCGCCGUGAGUUCUUGUCCAUAAUCACUGCCUCUGUUGUCUCUAGCACAUGGCUUGUUCCUCUGAACCCUGCACUGGCUGCUGCAGACGAAGAAUAUGUAAAAGACACUGAGGAAGUCAUCAACAAGGUUAAGACAGCAAUAACAAUGGACAAGAAUGACCCCAAUGUUGCUGCUGCGGUGGCUGAGUUAAGAGAUACCUCAAACUCGUGGGUGGCAAAGUACAGAAGGGAGAAAGCACUUCUAGGAAGGGCUUCCUUUAGGGACAUUUACUCUGCAAUCAAUGCAGUUUCGGGGCAUUAUAUUAGUUUUGGACCAACUGCUCCUAUUCCUGCAAAACGAAAGGCAAGGAUUUUGGAAGAGGUGGACACUGCAGCGAAAGCACUUCAAAGGGGAAGAUGAGAGGAAAUGAAUUUUUUUUCAUUUCUCUAAUUUACCAUAUUUAGAUUCUUUUUUUUAUUUUACUUUCUUGUUUGUUAAGUGCAUGGUUUUUGUAUUAUUGUAUUGAAAAGUUAUAUUACAGUAAGAGGCUCCCUUUCUCUGUUGAUUCAGAGGAGAAGAGAAUUAUGCAGGCAUAGAGUCAAAGUAAAUCCAAUCAUUGACAAUUAUGCUCAUAAUGGUCUCUGAUUUCCUUUUUAAUUGGA